AUGCUCUGCGAGUCUGGGCUGCCGCUGUGCUCUGCGUCGUCGUCUCGCUGUGCUCUGCGAGUCUGGGCUGUCGUCGUCGUCGUCUCGCUGUGCUCUGCGAGUCUGGGCCGCCGCUGUGCUCUGCGUCGUCGUCGUCGUCGUCUCGCUUUCUGGGGGUCAGUGCGAGGCUGCGAGCUGCUGUGCUGUGGGUCGAGCUGCUGUGUUGUGCUCUCCUUCAAAGAGGCUACUUCGUCCACGCCACUGCUCGAGAUCCAGUUGAAUUGCAUAAUGUCAAAUCAAAAAGAUCAAGAAGUUCAGAUGUCUGUUAAUGAAGUAAACAGAGGGAAUGGUUUUAGUCCGUCUAGUUCAAGAACUGCAUUUGAUCAUAAUACUGGGCCAGUUGUUUCAUCUGCUACAGUCAGUACUUUACCAAGAAAUAGGAAAAAAACUUCCAUAGUUUGGAAAGAGUUUAUUAAUAUCCCUAAAGACAAAAAUCCCGAUGGAAGACAGAGAGCAAAAUGCAAGGCUUGUGGGAAUAUAUAUCUGGCUGACUCAUCUAUCAAUGGCACUGGUAGUUUGAGGAGACAUCUUAAGUCUUGCCUCAAGCGUAAAAAUAAUGAUGUUGCUCAAAUGUUAGUGGGUGGAGGUGAUGGGAAUGUGGCACUGAAAACUAAGAGGAUUGAUGCAGAUGUAGUUCGAGAUAUGAUUACCACACUUAUUGUCAGACAUGAGUUGCCCUUGGUAUUCGUCGAGUAUGAAGAGUUUAGGGCUUUGAUUUCUUAUCUUUACCCACAAUUUAGUCCUAUUAGUAGGAAUACCCAAAUGGCUGAUAUUUUGAAGUUGCAUACUAGAGAAAGCAAGAGGAUAAAGGAUUUUUUGAGUUCCUUCAAUGGUAGAAUGUCAUUGACUACUGAUUUGUGGACUUCUGUAACCACUGACUCCUAUAUUUCUCUCACUUGUCAUUAUAUUGACACAGAAUGGGUACUACAUAAAAAAUUAUUGAAAUUUUGCAUCAUGCCACCCCCACACACAGGAGCUAAUAUAUGUGAAAUUGCUUCAAAUAUGUUGUUGGAUUGGGGCAUAGAGAAGAAAUUGUUCUCUAUUACAUUAGAUAAUGCCGGUGCUAACCUUUGUUUUAUUGAGCACUUGAAAAAAAGUUUGGUAUUAAAGAAGGCAUUGUUGUGUAGUGGUGAGUUUUUUCACAACAGAUGUUGUGCUCAUAUAUUGAACCUAAUUGUACAAGAUGGUUUGAAGUGCAUUGAUGAAUCUGUACAUUUUGUUUGA